GUGCUGGCGGUACAUUAGCUGGAAAAAUUUUUGAAAUGGUUGCACAUGAUAUUUUGAGAAAAGGUGCCACUUUUACAGUACGACAGUUAACCAAAGAUGGCAUUAAGCAACCUGAAGAACUUCAACUUCAAAAUUUGCCACAAAAACAGUUUCGUAAUAUUAAUGAAAUAGUUCCGGAGUAUUAUAACAUUCCCGAAAAUGUAAAUUUUGAAUCUGUUGACUCCAUUGCACCUCAACGUAACGGAAUUCAUCAUUUAUAUCAAAUUACGACAGCCAAAACACAUGAUAUAAAGGUAAACGGUCUCAGUAAAUUGGAAAAUCACCUGAAAGAUCUACUAAUUCAUCUAUAUUUCGUUGUUCCAAACAUGGACGACACGUUUAAUAAUUUUCGUUUCCAGAA